GUAAAGUUUGCUCCAAUUUUUGUCUAUUUUUAGUUUUGCUCAUUCUUGAUGAGUAAAGUUUGCUCCAGUGGCAUUAAAUUUUACUUAACUCUGAGUAAAUUGCACUCCCAGAUUUACACUGCCUCCACGAAAAGCCCUGCACAGCACGCGGCCGCAUAGGAUAAAAAACAUGUGUGCAUAAUACAUGCAUACGGUAUAUACUAAAGGCCCUGGCCCUAUAUAGAUCUAGUAUUAGUACACCAACCAACCUGAGUACACAGCGGUGAAAUGGCGGACGACAAAGUUGCUUCGUUGUUGAGGAAAUGGGAGCUGACCGACCAAAUCGUCAAUUUUAGAAAUUGUGGCAUUGACUCAUCAGCAUUCAAGCUGCUUGAUGCAAGUCUUGUGAAGGACGUGAUCCCGCAGUUGGGUCCAAGACUUAAAUUCAUUGACCGUUUUGAUAACUGGAAGAGAAAGGAUAAAGCAAACGAUUCUGCAGAAUCUGUACUGACAGGCAUGCAGAUGGGCUGGGAGUCACCCGAGCUGUCUGAUGAUUUCAUGAUAUCAGAUGUGGAAUCAGUUCCUUUCGACCUUUCUCAGGCUUCAACUAUUGCAGUAGAUGAAGAUUCAUGCUCAUCAGUAGUCAAUGAUUUGAACAGCAGCAGUGACACGCCACCACUCAAGCGCCAGAAAGCAGUAAGAUACGAUGUGGGUGAAAUUCUAAAGAAAACCAUGGAAGGAAGAAAAACGUUGGAGGAAGUAACUCGAAUGAAAGUCUGCGCACCACACAACACUCGUGUCGUCUGUAAUUUGUGUACAGAGCACCUUGUAAACUUGCAUGGCCUAAGACCUGGCCCUGACAUGAAAGGGGCAAUGGCCUCCUCAAUCAUCGCAGAGUUCCCCUUCCUGAAAGAUCCAGCUGGAAAUGGAGAUGAGGAAUGGUACUUCAAAAGCUCCAAAUGUCCUGCAGGUGGUAGGAUAGAGAAUAGACUCAAGUAUUUAAGAAGAAUAACAGCGGAGAAAGACAAGAAGCAAGUCGGGGUUGGCAGUCCUGAGGAUAUAGCUUCAACAUCUUCCAGUGAGGAUCUAGCAUCUCCUCAGAUGAAUUAUGAUCUUGCAGACAUGAAAGUCAUCACUGAAUGGUUGAAAAGUCAUAACACCCCCCAAAAAGAUGUUGUGGCCAAAAUGCAGCUGACAUCAGCAUAUAGAAAGGACUUUGUACAUUCAACACUGCCGGGAAGUUCCAGGAAAAAGCCUUGUGUGGCUGAAGUGCUGGAUGAGUUUCCACAUCUCCUUUCCCCUGGAAUGAUUGAGCAAGACUACGAAAUGCUGUUUUCGGGGAGAGGAAAGCACCUCUAUACAAAGUGGCCGGUGGUGUCUGCGUGCAUCCUAGAAUAUGCAAACCGAGUAAGCCCAGGGUGGAAGGCCAGAUUUAACGUUCAGCAUAGAAAAGACACAGACUUCAGUCAAGGUAUGAUAUUGUUUACAGAUAUACAUUAA